AUGAGCAAAAUGAAGAGAAGAAACGUGGUUUCGAUUUUUCACUGGAAUCUCCUUACAUCUAGAGUUGUCCUUACCAUCGAGUUUUUGAGAGCAAGUCUGCGAAGAGCUGGAAAACUUGAAUGUUCAACUAGAAACUUGGUGAAAUCGAAUGGCGACGGCACCAAUAUAACGUAAUUCUCAAUCUUAUUUGUCAUUCGUCACAAGUACAGUUUCGGUGUCGGUUGUAUUUAACGUGGUGGAAAUAAUACCCUUUUUGCAGAAAUCUUUUUACAUUCCCCUAGCUGUUUGUGGAUCCAAACCCAAACAUGGGACACAAGCUGAUUGCGACCCUUCUUUUCUUUUUGAUUGUCAUGGUAUUGCUCAUCGACACUGCUGCUUUACCUUCACCAGAGAGGCGUCAGUUUCUGCCUUGGAUUCGUCCGAAACGUGAAAAAAUUCAGGCCAGCUCACCCAUCAAGACUUCUGUAUCUGAAGGUUCGAAUAAUUCAGGCCCCAUCGGAGGCGAUUUUACCCCAAUUGAUGUUGAAGAUGCUGAAGUGAGAGACAUUGCCAAGUUUGCUACGACUGCCAUAGCUAGCAGCCGGAAUUCAGGACCUCUGCGUGUCACGAAAAUUGUCAAGGCAGAAACGCAAGCUGUUGCAGGUACCAACUACAAAUUGACGCUGGAACUCAACCAGCUCGUCUCUGAAGGAGACCUUGUUUGCGACGUCGUCGUAUUUGACCAACCCUGGACCGAUACUCGGAUUCUUAGCGAGUCCCAUUGCAUUUCGAACAAGAAUCCUUCAAUUUCAGCCAAUGAACUUAGUUUGACUAGCUCCACCACUGCUGCCACACCGUCGACCGAUGCUCCAAAACGACAACUUCCCAACGUUUCACGGCAAAUCGGCGGAGGAUUCUAUCCCAUUGAUGUGGAUGACGUUGGUGUCAAGGAAAUGGCCGGUUUUGCUGUUUCCACCAUAGCCUCCAGUAGGAACUCUGGACCAGCUCAGCUUAUCAGAAUUGCCACGGCAGAAUCGCAAAUUGUUGCUGGCACCAACUACAAAUUGACUCUCGAGCUUCACCAACCUAUCGCUGUCGACAAAGAUAUCAUUUGUAAAGUGGCCAUUUUUGAUCAACCAUGGACCAAAACGCGGAUACUUAGCGAAUCAAACUGUACCAAGAUUGAGAACCCAACUGAUUCCAUCGUGGAAAUCCAAUCUGACGGGGAGCUUCUCACAGACAGUGAACACGACACAUCCAACACACCGAACAAGCGUCACAUUCCUAGCAGUUCAAGCUCGACCACCAAUGGAUUUUUCAAACCAAAUCCCGAGUUAACUUUAGUCAAAAAAGGGCAAACUCCUGAACGAUUGAUUGGCAGCGGACUCAGCAAAACGAAAGCCGUAGAUGGUCAAGUCAACAAGAGUAAGAUACCUGGUGCUCUGACUUCGCUCGAUGAUGUUUCUCUUGUUGAUCUAACCGAGAGUUUUAACGACGGCCAAAUUCUAAGCGGAGAUGUUCCGGUUCAGGAUGGAUUCACUUCCAUCGAUGUGAAUGACCCUGACGUCAAGGAUAUUGCUAGCUAUGCCGCAACGACCAUUUCAUCGAGUAGAAAUACCAUCAACCUGAAAUUACAGAAAAUUCUAAGUGCCGAAACGAAAACUCUGCAUGGAUCCGACUUCAAAUUACAGUACAUACUUACACUAGAGCUGGACCACUUUAUCGCUGGAGCCAAAGGAGAAAAUCUGUUAUGCAAAGUGAUUGUUUUUGAUCACAAGGGAACUGAACACCGCAAAAUGACCGAUUCUCUUUGUUUACCUAUUAAAAACGGAACAAUCACAUCUACUGACGAGGUCAUUAUUGACCCUUCAACACCAAUUUUGAGCGGAUUUGCUGCCAUCAACGUGACGAGUCCUGAUGUGGCGGAAAUGGCUGAAUUUGCUACCUCUGUUAUUUCUUCCAGCAAGUCGGGUCCUGUCAAACUCACCGAAAUCGUCAAAGCUGAAUCGCAAAUUCACGCGGCUGGCAGAAAUUAUAAACUAAGUCUCAAAAUGGACAACACAGUUAAGGAAGGUUCAGAAGGCAACCUCCUUUGUGAAGUCAUUGUUUUCUAUCAGACGUGGACCAACACCCGAAUUCUGAGCGAAUCCAACUGCCUGCCAAUCAAAACAUCAACGGUAGCUGGCCCGAGAUAUGUCCCACGUUACAAAGAAGACAUUUCAAUCCCCGUUUCUGAGCCUGCUGUCAGUCCAAGCCCGAAUGUCACGGACCACUUUUCUCCGAUUGAUGUGAAUGAUGCAAAAGUGAAGGAAAUUGCCGCGUUCGCUACUGGUGCCAUUUCUGCAAACAGCGACUCAGGACCCGCUGUACUGCUGAGAAUUCUCAGAGCAGAAUCGCAAGUGGUGGCCGGCAAAAAUUAUAAGCUAAUCCUAGAACUGUUUGGAGCUGACAGAGAUAUUCUACUUUGCGAUGUGAUAGUUUUCGAUCACCCAAAGAAAAAAACUCGCAUCUUAACCGAUUCUAAAUGCACGUCAAACAAGACUCCAUCAUUUAAAAGCCAGGAAACUCCUGGCUCCAGCACUUCGGCUCCAGUGGAAAUUGAUUUCAGAAAUACCGAUUGGACUCCUUUCACAAAACGUCAGGUUCCUGGAAUUCCAGCUAGUUUAUUAACUUCGGGUGGAUUUUCUCCUGUUGAUGUGGACAAUGCCGAAGUCAAGGAAAUGGCCAACUUUGCUACUAGUUCCAUUAACGGCGCAAGUGAUAGUCCCAUAAUUUUACAAUUGAUCAAAGUCGUCGAUGCAGAAACAAAAUUCCUUUUUGGCAAAAACUUUAAACUGAUUCUGAGAGUGAAAAACAUGGUCAAGGGAGUAGAAGGUGAAAAUCUUCUUUGCGAGGUGGUUGUCUUUGACCAAUCAUGGACCAAUACUCGCAAGCUCACCGAAUCCACUUGCUUUGGAACUCGCAAAAACGCAUAAUGUGCUCAAUCCAAAGUCUUGUGUCAUUGUAUUUCUAGUUAAACGUGUCAGCUGCAUUUGUUACUCAAUUUUGUUACGAAAUGUUCUCCAGUAAUGAAAAUUAUUCAUUCAAAGCGCGUCUCAACUGGUAUGGGGCUCUUCUUUUCUCCUGAUGAAAUACACACCAAUUUGAUAUUGGUAAUUAAUCCGUA